AUGAAUCUGCAGGUCAAGGUCGCCAUCGUCACCGGUGCCUCUUCAGGCUUCGGGAGAGCUCUCGCGACCCGUAUUAUCGGAAAAGGAGCCAAAGUCAUUCUUGCAGGCAAUGAUAUCAAGGACGGAGAACGCCUUGCGGACGAGUUGAACUCUGGCAAAGACGCCAAAGUGGCCCACUUUGCCCAGUGUGAUGUAACCAACUAUAGUCAGCAGGCAGAGAUAUUCAAAGCGGCGGAGACGUACUUUGGAAGAGUCGACAUUGUCGUCAACAAUGUGGAUACUCGCCUGGACAUCCAAGCAUUAAAGAAGCACGAAUGUGGCGAGACCACCAUCAACACAACUUCAUUGGCUGGUCUGUACCCUCAACCGAUGACGCCUAUCUUCUCUGCAGCCAAGUUUGGCGUCAUUAACUUCAUGCGCUCGUUCAAGGAUUUUGGCUACAAUAUUCGCGUCAACACCGUUGCACCUAGGCAAAUGCUACCUUUGGAAUGGCUGCGUCUAUCUUUCAAGUAUCAUUUGUUCCUGUGGAGCAGGUCAUCGACGCCUUCAUGA